AUGGUGGAUAGUACGGUUUUGGAAAAGAAAGAUAAUCCCAGAGAUUUCACAAUUCCUUGUACCAUUGGAAUGCAUGUGUUUGCAAAAACCCUAUGCAACCUUGGUGCAGGCAUCAACCUCAUGCCCUUUGUCAUCUACAAGAAGCUUGGUUUGAAUGCCCCUACCCUGACCUCUAUGCGACUCUUAAUGGCGGACCAGUCUAUCAAAAGGCUGACUUUGUGGUCUUGGACUGUGAAAUGGACCAAGAAGUACCUAUCAUCCUUGGUCGUUCAUUUAGCCAUGAGAUGGGCUAUUGUCGACUUAGAAAUAGGGGAGAUGAAGUUUAGGGUGCAAGAGGAUGAUGUCACUUUUAAGGUUUAUAAGAUGAAGAAGCAAUCCACUGAGCUUCAAGUGGUGUCCAUGGUAGAUGUUGAGAUUGAGGAGGAGAAAAAAGUGGGGCUUGAGGACCCACCUUGA